CGCAAGACGUAGCGGAAGUCCCUGCAGCCGCGGUGUUGUGCUGUGGAGAAGGGACGGAUUUGUAAACCUCAGAGUGCGGUUCUGCCUACCGGAGGCCGCUGUGGUGCGGAGACCCCCGGGUGAAUCCACCGUCACCAUGUCUGAUCAGGAGGCAAAACCAUCAACUGAAGACUUAGGCGAUAAGAAAGAAGGAGAGUACAUUAAACUCAAAGUUAUUGGACAGGAUAGCAGUGAGAUACAUUUCAAAGUGAAAAUGACAACACAUCUCAAGAAACUCAAAGAAUCAUACUGUCAAAGACAGGGAGUUCCAAUGAAUUCACUCAGGUUUCUCUUUGAAGGUCAGAGAAUUGCUGAUAAUCAUACUCCAAAAGAACUGGGAAUGGAGGAAGAAGACGUGAUUGAAGUUUAUCAGGAACAAACGGGGGGUCACUCGACGGUUUAGAUAAUUCUUUUUAUUUUUUAUUUUUUCCUUUUCCCUUAAUCCUUUUUUAUUUUUAAAAAUAGUUCUUUUGUAAUGUGGUGUUCAAAAUGAAAAUUGAAUACUGGCACUCCAUCUCUUAGAACAUCUGGUAAUCUGAAUUCUAGUGUUCAAUAUUCAUUAUUGGUUGUUUUUGUUGUGCUGAUUUUUGGUGAUCAGACCUCAGCUCCCUUAAUACUGCCCUUCUUCCUUUAAGAAAUUUCAUGUGUGCACAGAGAGGCAGGCCACCCUUUUCAGGACUGCAUUUUCAGGUUUGUGAUGAUAAAAAGAUCGACCAGUAGGAGCUUUCCUAUGACCUUUCAAUUGGCCCUGAAGUUCCAGCAUGUGGUUGCUUCUCUCCUGGACUGUGAUUUUCAGUGGGAGAUGGAAAAUUUUUCAGAGAACUGAACUGUGGAAAAUGACCUUUCCUCAGCUUGAAGCUACUUUUAAAAUCUGAGGGUCUGGACCAAAAGAAGAACAUCAUGUUUGUAGUCAAGAUGACAGAUACAGUGAGAAUAACAGCGAACUCCAAAGGUGGCUUCACUGGAGAGAAAGAAAGUGUCUUGAGCAAGACAGUAUUGUCAGAAGAUCCCAGGAAAGUUCUAAUUUUCAUCAGCAGUUAAUAAUAAAGUUACUCAUACAGAAGUGUACGCAACAGACACUGCUCCUUUUGAUUCUGUUUGUACUUUUUGGCCUGGGACAUGGGUUUUCAAGGGACAUCGUCUGUACCAGCUUCAUUAAAAUAAACAAUAUUUGUAAAAACA